UUCUCUAACUCCAACAAACUCUUCUCUCUCUACCUCAACUUUCUCUCUCUAGGGUUUCGACUCGAACUCUCAGUGUAGCUGUGCUCACGACGAUUUUAGGGUUCCUUUUUUUCACUUCGCGCAAAUUUGGUUGAUUGCGUUGCGUAAUAGUCGUGAUCGACCGAGUUUCGAUUCUUCACUCUCGCGCGAGGGACCAAUCAAUUCGUUGUUUCGCGUGCUAAGGAAAAAGGAUUGUAGUUACUGACAAACAAAAGGUACUUGUGGGCUAUUUGGAUUGAUACUGUGGCGGACGAAUGUUGCUUGAUGCUUGAUGAUAGUUGCUAUGGACUUGAAUGCCUCGCCAGUCCCGGAGGAAGAUGAAGAUACUUUUGAGGAGAGGAUACAUGUUGAAGAGUUUACUGCACCUGAAGAACGCAUAGAAAGUGGAGCUGAUAUAGCACGCCGGGAGCGUGAAGAAAGAAAGAGAAGGUUGAAGAGAGAGCGUUCAGAUGACAGGCCCUUACAUGUAUCACAGUCACCUGGAUAUGAUCAGCUGUUUCAUGCUAAGAAUCUUAAAUCAUAUGAUAAAAGUAGGCUUCCUCCGGGGUGGUUGGAUUGCCCUUCAUCUGGCCAGGAAAUUUGUUGCAUGAUACCUUCUAAGGUUCCACUUGGUGAAUCAUUCAAUGACUGCAUUGUUCCUGGUAAAAGAUACUCAUUUAAACAAGUGAUACAUCAACAGAGAGUUUUAGGCAGAAAACUUGGUCUGGUGAUUGAUUUGACAAAUACUUCUCGAUACUAUCCAGUGUCAGAUUUAAAGAAAGAGGGUAUCAAGCAUGUUAAGAUUCAAUGCAGGGGGCGUGAUUCUGUACCUGAUAAUUUAUCUGUGAACCAGUUCGUCUAUGAGGUUACACAAUUUUUGGCACGUCAAAAACACUCAAAGAAGUAUAUACUCGUUCAUUGUACACAUGGGCAUAAUCGUACAGGAUACAUGAUCAUCCAUUAUCUAAUGCGUGCUAUGUCAAUGUCUGUUACUCAGGCAAUAAAAAUAUUUUCUGAAGCACGGCCUCCAGGAAUCUACAAACCUGAUUAUAUUGAUGCAUUGUACACAUUUUAUCAUGAGAAAAAGCCUGAAAUGGUAGUUUAUCCUCCUACUCCGGAGUGGAAGAGAUCUUCUGAAUUUGAUCUCAAUGGUGAAGCAAUCCCAGAUGAUGAUGAUGAUGGAGUACCAGGCCCUGAUUUGAAUGAGAACAACGAGUUAGACGCACGAAUGACAAAUGAUGAUGUUUUAGGAGAUGAGAUACCUACUGAUCAGCAAGAUGCAUUGCGACAGUUCUGUUAUCAAUCACUUAAAUUGGGUGUUGGAGCCAGAGGACACACACAAUUUCCAGGUUCACACCCAGUUUCUCUCAACAGGGAUAACUUGCAGUUGUUGCGACAACGUUACUAUUAUGCAACGUGGAAAGCUGAUGGCACACGAUAUAUGAUGCUAAUAACGAUGGAUGGGUGUUACUUGAUUGAUAGAAAUUUUAAUUUUCGAAGGGUCCAAAUGAGGUUUCCUUGCAGGGGUACAAAUGAUGGUUUGGGCGAGAAGACCCACCACUUCACGUUACUUGAUGGAGAGAUGGUUAUUGAUACAUUGCCAGAUUCGCAGAAGCAGGAGAGAAGAUACCUUAUAUAUGAUCUGAUGGCAAUCAACCAAGUAUCAGUAAUAGAGCGACCCUUCUAUGAACGUUGGAAGAUGCUUGAGAAAGAAGUGAUUGAACCUAGGAAUCAGGAACGACACAAUAUAUACCAGAGCAGAAAUCCUUACUAUAGAUAUGACCUAGAACCAUUCAGGGUGAGGAGGAAAGAUUUUUGGUUACUCUCUACUGUCACAAAACUUUUGAAGGAAUUCAUCAAAAGACUUUCACAUGAGGCAGAUGGUCUCAUAUUUCAGGGUUGGGACGAUCCUUAUAUACCACGGACUCAUGAAGGACUCUUAAAGUGGAAGUAUGCUGAUUUGAAUUCAGUUGAUUUUCUCUUUGAGGUUGAUGGUGAUCGCGAGCUACUUUUUAUCUUUGAACGGGGAAAGAAGAAACUCAUGGAAGGGAAUAAGGUUGCAUUCAGAGAUGGUUCAGAUCCCUCACUUUAUUCCUCAAAGAUCAUAGAGUGUUCUUGGGAUUUUGAUAAUCAAGAAUGGAAAUUUAUUCGAGUAAGGACAGAUAAAUCAACUCCAAAUGAGUUUAAUACUUACAAGAAGGUGAUGCGAAGUAUAAGAGACAACAUCACAGAGGAUGACUUGUUGAAUGAAAUAAAUGAGAUAAUUCGCCUUCCCAUGUAUGCCGACAGGAUAAGAAUCGAUAGUAAAGCGAAUCAGCAUGUUAAUGCGGCAAGGAGAAGGUGAUUGGUGAUGGUUAGAUCAGGGACCUUACGCCUUCAAUUUUUUCACAGGUGGGAGAAUCAGAUGUUGGUAUUGUCUGACUUCAGGUUAUAACAAGAUCAAAUGUAUCAUCCACUGAUGUCUCUGGGAUUUAUUUGAAAUUGCAUUGGAUUUGGCCAUCAGCCAAAGGUUGCUUGUAUUAUGUAAUUAGUUAGUCCUUGCGGUAAUUACUGCUGUGCUGCUGAGUUAUAUGAUGCAGUUGGUACAACUGGAAUUCCGGCCUGAAUCCAUUUCCUAUGGUUGUCCAGAUCAAGAGCGUUAGGUGUAGGAUAUCAAUGUAUAUUACGAAUUUUCUUUAAAGCUGUUAAAAGGGUAGCUGUUUCUUAGGGUCAAGUUCCUUUAUACUGGUUAGAAUUUUCCCUGUUUGUGAAUAUUAAUUUGAGAAGUAGUUACAAGCCUUCCACACU